AUUUUCCCUGGAUUAUUCACAUCAAAGAGAGAAAUCUCAGUAGAAUCUACACAAGCAGAUCCAAUUCUCUUCUCCAUUUGUGCCUCCUUUCUUCCUAAACCCUUACCCUAGUCCUCUCCCUAUUUGGGAAUUUCAUUUCUUCGCUUUGAAAUGGCCACUGAAGAACCAGUCAUCGUUAACGAGGUUGUUGAAGAGCAAGCCGCUCCUGAAACUGUCAAGGAUGAGGCAAACCCUCCGGCUAAGUCUGGGAAAGCAAAAAAAGAGACCAAGGCGAAGAAGCCUGCUGCACCAAGGAAGAGAAGCGCUACUCCGACUCAUCCUCCUUACUUUGAGAUGAUUAAGGAUGCGAUUGUGACAUUGAAAGAGAGAACUGGAUCCAGCCAGCACGCUAUUACCAAGUUCAUUGAGGAAAAGCAGAAGAAUCUACCAUCGAAUUUCAAAAAAUUGUUGCUUAACCAGUUGAAGAAGUUUGUUGCUUCUGAGAAGCUGGUGAAAGUUAAGAACUCUUACAAGCUUCCAUCAGGUUCUAAGCCUGCUGCUUCUGCUGCCCCGGCGAAGAAGAAGCCUGCUGCAGCAAAGUCAAAGCCCGCUGCUAAGACUAAGUCCAAGCCUGCUGCGAAACCUAAAGCCGCCGUCAAGCCUAAGGCAAAGCCUGCUGCCAAGGCAAAGCCCGCUGCCAAGGCGAAGCCCGCUGCCAAGGCAAAACCCGCUGCCAAGGCAAAGCCCGCUGCCAAGGCAAAACCCGCUGCCAAGGCUAAGCCGGUUGCUAAGGCAAAGCCCAAAGCAGCGGCUGCUGCCAAGCCCAAAGCUGCUGUAAAGCCUAAGGCUGCUCCUGCGAAAACCAAGGCUGCGGUCAAGCCAAAUCUGAAGGCUAAGACGACGACAGCUAAGGUUGCAAAGACCGCUACGAGAACGACUCCAAGUCGGAAAGCUGCACCAAAGGCAACACCUGCCAAAAAGGAGCCGGCUAAGAAGGCACCUGCGAAGAAUGUGAAGUCUCCGGCGAAGAAGGCUACCCCAAAGAGGGGAAGGAAGUAGAAACACAGGAAUAGAGGAUUUGUGUGUAGGGAUAGUCCUGUAAAUUCCCUGAAUCUUUGGUUGAUUUGGGUGUUUUGCCCAUGGGAAGCUAUAGAAAUCUGGUUUAUUUUCUCUUUUCUUAGCCUUGUUCUACAGUGUUUAGAUUUUUUUUCUUUUUAAUUCCGUUUAGGGAUAUGGAACAGUUCUUCUCUGUACUGAUAUAUCAUUCUGCUUAUGAGAAUUAGAGUUUAUGAUGCCCUUA